UGUCAAAAGGUCAAAACAAAGGGCCGUCAGUUUUGUUUCGCAUUUGCUGGUAUUUAUUUUUUAUAUGAAUGGUGCGAAAAAUUUCUGUAAAAUUCGCCGUAACUAACUGUUAAAUAAUUGCCACCUGCAAUGGAUUUCGUCCAGGAAGCCGUCUUCCUGGGUGUGGAUGUCCUGAUACUUGGCCUGUGCUUUAAAGAGUACUAUCAGUUUAAGAAAAUCAGUUCGGCACUAAAGGAAGCACCCCAACUAGCAAUCGAUGAAACGCUUCCGGAACGGCUGAAACGAAGCGACAACAAGAUCAAGUAUGGAGUCAUCCGGGGGACGGUUACCCCUAUCGGAACUCCGCUUAAGUGCGUCAUGUCCCCUUCGGUGACCGGCGUUUUGCAGAUUAUGAAAUUGAAUGAGCACAGAGUGGCUCGCGGUUUCGCCGGAUUCUGGGCGGAACAGAGAAAGCUCAUUCACAUCUCGUGCAACGAAGUGCCGUUCAAACUGACCAACGGCAAGAUGGGAGUGGAAGUUGUAGAUGGCCUAUCAGCGGAAAUUCUGGACAUGGACACCGUUUACGAUAAUUACGAGCCGUCGAGUUUAUCCUUCUUUGAUCACAUAUUUGGAUUCUUCUCCGGAGUUCGUCAGAAGGGAAUGCAAACGACCGAGGAAGUUCUUCGAGAUGGCAGUUUUAUCACGGCUGUGGGAGAAAUUGAGCUCGACGGCAAUACUUUAAGAUUGCAGCCAUCUUCCGUGGCACCAAUGUUCCUGACCACGGCCACGAGGAACACGCUCCUGAAGAAAUUCGAAGAAGCCAAAUCUUCCAUGCUGUUCAAGGUGAUCAUUUGUGGUACGAUAUCUGCGGUUUUAGUUGGACUAAUCACUCGAAAGAUCUACAAGCGCAAAAAGAUGGAAUGGGAAGAGCGGCGGUUACGGGAAAAACUAGAAAAGUCGCGAGUACAGCGGAGAGCUUUGGCACGGCAGCAGGUGUUUAACGACGAGCAGCGUUGUGUAGUUUGCGUAGACAAUCCCAAGGAAGUUAUUUGCUUGCCCUGUGGUCAUGUGUGUCUCUGCGAAAACUGCGCAGAAAAAAUCCGGCUCAAUUGUCCCGUGUGUAGAUCUAAGAUUGAAUCCAAAGCGGCCGCAUUUAUCACCUAAACAGGGAUCUGUUGAUAGUAGAUACAUUUUGAUUCAGUUCAUGUGCAACAAUCGAUCGGACACGGAUGCCUUCACGUUAACCUCGAACAACCUAACUAAAUUU